ACAUCUAUACCCUGCAGUGUCAAGCCUCAUAGUUUGGAAAGCACUUAAAAACAUUAAAACUACUUUUACUCUUGCAUAAAUUCUUCUCUGAAAAUAACCUUCUUAAGAUUUAUUUGGUUUUUCUUUCUUAAUACAGAUUAAAUUUGAAUUACCAAAAUAAUGGGGAAAAAAGAUAGUGAAGGCAAACCAAGAGGACGCAUGUCAUCUUACGCAUUCUUUGUUCAGACCUGUAGAGAAGAGCACAAGAAAAAACAUCCAAAUGACACAGUUGUUUUUACAGAAUUCACCAAGAAAUGUGCAGAAAAAUGGAAGGUAUAGGAUAUAUGGGGGAAACGUUAUUUAUUUCAUUUAUUAUUCUUCCCAUGUUAUAAUAUGUAAAUUAGUUACUUUUAACGGAAAUUUUAAAUUAUCAUAAAAGAUACAUGAGGCAUCAUUUGAAAUGGCUAGCUUCACCAAGAAAAUCUAUUUUUUUCAUUGUGUCUUGUUUUGCACCCAUCUGCUUUCUGUUGAUGUGGCAAAAAUUGAAGUACGUAUAUACAAAUAUUGAAAAAUAUUAAUAAUUUAAGGAUUUGCAUCCAUAGGAGAUGACUCCGAAAGAAAAAAAAAGAUUUGAGGAUAUGGCAGAAAGGGAUAAAGCUAGAUACGAGAGGGAAAUGUCUUCAUAUGUUCCAUCUGGUGGUCAGUCAAAAAAGAGAAAGCGGACUAAAGAUCCUAAUGCUCCUAAAAGAGCACUGUAAGUAUUUUGUGUUGGUUUUUUUAAGCAAAAAAAAUUCAAAGGAUGUUUAUAACUAUACUUUUGUUGGUAAAUGUCCCUCAGCCCUAUGAACAUUCAUUUUCCCUCAUUGCCACUACAAGAGGAAAGGUUAUCUGAUAAACCAUAUUAAAACUUAACAUUUUGAUGCCAAUAAAUCAGUCGAGAGAAAUUGUCAUCUUCAUCCAUUCAGAUUCAGAGUUGAUUUAUUAUGAAUACAAAAAUGUAAAUUAAAAAAAAAAAUCACACAAAUCCACCAUACAAGGGAAGUUACUAUGGGAAGUUAAAAAUGAGAACUAAAAAUAGUCUUCUCCCAUUUUAAAUAUAGCAUUUUAAAAAAAAUGGUUUAAUUUAGUUCUAUAUGAUUGUAAUUCCUUGCUGUUGUAAAAUAUAAAUAAAAUAAAACUUAAAAAUACAAUUUAGUUUUGCUCUUAUUGAUUAAAGUAAUUUAAAGAAAAAUAAAUUCAUAGUUGUACUCUAAUUCACUAUAAAUUUUAUUCAUUUUAAUUCUUUUGUAUGGUUUUCACAACAAAUCACAAUAUUUUAAUCACUUAUCAGACCAUUUCAGAACAUCAGUCCUAGCAAGUGGCUUUACAAUAUGUUUUGCUUGUUUUCCUUUUUCUGCCAAACCUAAGAAAUAUUUUUUUUAGGAAAAGUUGUGCUUGUUUUUUCCUUGCAUAAGUGGAAGCAGCUAUGUUAUUUGAUUUUAUCAUCCAUUUGAAAUAACUUGAGAGGGUGGUGGGGUCCCAGCAACACCAUCAUUGAUGCAUAAUGUACAUCAUCAAUAUAAGUAAGAUAGAAAUACAUUUUUCCAAGAGCAUUGUGACUUUUUUCAAUUUAUAAAAGUUUCUUCAUUAUUUUUGCAGGUCAGCGUUUUUCUUCUUUUGUGCAGAGGAACGGCCAAGUGUGAGAGCUGCUCAUCCUGGUAUAGGGGUGGCUGAUGUGGCUAAAGAAUUAGGCAAGAAAUGGGAAACAUGUCCAAACAAGAAUAAAUUUGAGCAGCUAGCAUUAGAGGAUAAGGCAAGAUAUGAAAGGGUAAGAUUCUAGUUUAGACUGUUUUAAAAACCUUUUCAUGUUCACUAAACUUAAUUUAAUCCCUUUUUAAAAAGUAAUUCAGUCUUUUUAGUAAUGUUCAAAUGUCAGUUCUAUUUUUUAAAUUUUAAAGGGUUUAGAUCUUUUUUAAGUUUUAAUUAUCAAAUCAUUGGAACAAGAUCAGCUUUGAAGGUGAGUAUUUAAAGGAAUAAAAGAAACUGGCAUGAGUAAUUUGCAAUUACAGUAGAUAUAUGUUGCAUGUAAAAUGAAAUUAAAGAAACAGCAAACAUUUAAUUAAUUCAUCAUUUAAUUUGUUUUUAAGGACAUGCAAGUAUAUCGUGGUGGUGGAGGUGCGAGUGCUGCUGCGCCAAGGGUUUCUCCAAAAAAAGCUAAAGUUGAAGACGAUGAUGAUGAAGAUGAUGAUGACGAUGAUGAUGAUGAUGAGUAAAAGUUUUGCACUGGUUGUUCAAGGAUGUAAAUUUUUUUCACACAAAAUUCAUCAUGUACAUAAGCAUUUAUGCGACCUUAUUGUAAUUUCUCAUUGCUAUCUGUCAUUGCUUUUUGUUUUCAUGAUCAUCUAUGUCCAUUAUUUUGUUUAUUAAUGAUGCAUUAUCUUGGCACAUCUUUGAAGCAGUUAAAAUAAAUAAAUGAAAUGAAAUAGCUUCAGAAGGUUGGUAAAUUUUAAUAAGAUUGCAAUCAGGUUAGGUAGAAAGAAAUAAGUGAAACAAAGUAUGGAAAACCCUGAAAGGAUGCAACAAAACAACGAACAUGCCUGCAAGAAGCCUUUUUCAGCGAACAAACGACAGUAUAAACCAAAUAAAAUAAACACAGCUGCAAUGUAGUAUCUGAGAGGACAGUAAGAGGAAUGUGAUCAUACCUCUUGGAUACUACAUUGCAGGUAUGUGUUGUUGCGUCCUAUUUUCAGGUUUUCCCAUUUUUUUUGUUUCACUUAUUUCCUAAAUUUUAAUAAACGUUGUGACUUCUACUCCAGAACGUGUUUCAGUAAAUAGGUUAAUUUUAAUUAUCAUGGCCUCAAUGUGGUGAUUGGUAAUACAGCAACCAUCUCGUUUUGUAUAAAGUAAGAAUGUAGUUUCUUAAUUGCUUAUACAGGUAUCUACUUUUAAAAAAAAAAGUUAUCAAUAUCCACACCUAAUAUAUUGUAACAGUAUGAGAUUUCUUGUCACAAUAAAGAACACACCAAAGCACAUGGGGUACCCCCAGUUCCCCCUUUUUCUCUUACAAGAAAACAAAAGCAGUGCUUUGUAAAAUGGUUAUUGUAGAAGCAUAGCAUUUAUUAGGCUGUCUUAUCUUGGGUGAGUGUAAAUGGUAGUAAAGAAAUGGAUACAUUUAAAUUGUUGUUCAAAAAGUCUGUUUAAUAAUAUACUCCUAUCCUAAUAGUGACCAUUGAAGGACUUAGAUCAGUGGUGACAUUAAAUUAGUUUAACAGUUUUAUUUAUACAUUUCUUUUGUAUAUUGUAAAUUUUAAGAAUAAGUAAUAUAUGGAAGUGAUUUUACACAUUAAUAGAUUCAACAAAAAUAAUCUGAUUCUUGGAGAUCUGAAAAUAAUUAACUAAGCCUGGCUUAUCACCAUUUAAAGUCUAAUUGAAAUGGAAUGUUUAUUUUAUAAAGUGACAUGUUAUUUCAGGGAUUAAUUAAAUCAAAUGCCAAAGUUUCUCAAGAGUUUCUGCAAUGAACAAGUGCAAACAAGUGCAAUCUUAUAAACCAUAACUUGAGCAUACAAAUUUUAAAAUUAAACCUUAAACAAUUUCUUUAAACAGGAUUAUAUAUUUUAUGUACAGGCACACUGCCAUAUUCCCAGUGUAUACCAAAGCCCAAGAUUUUUUUCUUUUAUUAUCAAAUUUUGUUAUUAAAAAUGAUAGUAGCUUAAUUCUGAAAGUCAAAAGUACUUCAAAUAGUCCUAAUUUAUGAUGAUCAUAUUCAAUAUUUUUACCGUGGAUAGUUUCAGUUGUAAAUCUGAAAAAAAGGACUUAGUUUAUCAAUGAAAUCUUUAGUCUGUAAAUCAGUCAUUAGAAGUAUGAAUGUCCUAUUUAUUUCCUUCAUUGUAAUUCUUUAUAUAUAUAUAUAUAAAUAUAUAUAUACUUUAUUAAAAAAAAGUCUUUAAAUUUUUUUUUGUUCAGAUGUUAUGAUAUUGUCGCUUUGCCCAACUUGCUGUUAUGGUUUCUUACAUGGACAUUAAAUAGCAUUGAAAGCCAAGUGCCAUAUCAAUGAUUGAAAUGGAAGCCAAGGGGACCUACUGGAAGCUGGCUUUUUUAAAAUAAGAUCUUUUUAAGUUCAUUGAUUGUUGGUGUCAGCUGUACAGAGCCAGUCUUUGGCUUCACACAAUGUAUGAUUUUGAUUGGUUUUUGUCAUGUGGUGCGAUACCCAAUAUUUGAAAAUAUUGGGAAGGCAAAAAAAAAAGAUUUUGAAAUGACCAGAUUUUUCACUCACUCAUUUUUAAAUGUAAUUGUUUAGCAGACUAACUAUUGUCAGUUUAUUUUAUUUUUGGUCAUUCUGAAAUCCAUCAAAACUUUGUGCAUAUUUCCCUACAAGAAUUUCCCUCUUUUGACCAAAAUAAAUCGGUUUUAAAUUUUAAUGAUUGCAUUUUGUUUAUUAUAUUUAUAUUGUUAACUUUAAUUAAGCUGACACUCUGAAGUUUUUAAUUGGUAAAUGCCAAGUUAAUGAUUAUAAAUUAUAAAUAUUUAUAAGCAGUUUUUCACAUUUUGAGUAAACUUUACAAAUCAAUCAUCUUCAUCUCAAAUGGACCCAAUCUGGAUUAUCCAUCUCUAGUUAAUUGCUAAAUUUCAAUAUCAUGUCCACACAAACACUAUUACAUGAUGUUCAUGAUGUUCAUGAUGUUAACUAAAACAGUUGAUAAAAUUCAGCAAGGAAAAAACAAAAAAUUUUCAAGAUUUAUGUGGGUACUAAUUAAUACUGAUGCUCAUGAUAAAACUGCUCCAAAAUAUAAAAGUUGCUGAAAGUUGUGAUCUAAACAAGAAAUAUAUAUCUUCAAUGUUACUGGCAAAGUAUAAAAUCCAGGCAUUGUAUAGAUUGCCUUACCAUUGCAAAUGUAUAGAAAAUAAAAUACUUGAGGAUUUCAGUAUAAAAUACCUUGUAUUUCAUUGCCUGGGACUUAAGCAAUAUAUAUAACACAUUAAGUUCCAAUAGACAGUUGAGUUGCACUUGAUCUUGGUGAGAAAAGUUAACCCAUGGAAAUUUUUAAUCCAGUAUUUAUAUCAUAAUAAUUAAUUGUGUAUUAGUAGAAAUAGAG